AUGGACAGUCAAUUUAAGGGAUGGCUACAGGUCUACACAGAUGCCUCUAAAAUAAACCCAAGAGAAUCCGUAGGAUCAGCGGUAUGGAUCCCAAAAUAUAAAAUAGUACUCAAUAAUAAAAGCCCUCCACAAGCCUCAAUAUUUACUGGCGAAGCAGUCGCUCUAUAUGAAGCUAUCACCUACAUUAAAUCGCACAAUCAAGACAAAAGUAUAAUCUUGACUGAUUCUCUGAGCUGCCUACAGGAUUUGAAGAGACUACCAUUUCACUCCAAGGAUAACUUCUACCUAACUUUAAAAAUAAAAGAUAAACUUAGAGAAUGCCAUGAUGCCAAUUUGCAAGUAGUGUUGGCAUGGAUCCCUAGCCAUUCAGGCAUAACGGGCAACGAGGUCGUGGACCAAUGUGCUAAAGCUGCCAUACACCAGAGCUUCGCUUCUGACCAAAAAUGCUUUACUCGCGACAUAAGAUCUUCGAUAAGAUGUCUUCUAUUUGAAAAAUGGAAUAAAUUAUGGCAGCUCUCACGUAGAGCCAAGGGUCAACAUUACGGUAACAUACAGCCAAAUAUCCCUCCUAAACCCUGGUUCUUCAAGCACAAAGGCUAUUCUAAGGUUGUUACCUCGAAUAUUAUCAGAUUACGACUUGGACAUAUUUGUUCGCCAGUGCGCCUGGCCAAGAGCCGAAUAAGGGAUAGCUCUAUCUGUGAGUGUGGACUGGACGAAGGGUGGAUGGAUACUCUACCGAACACCGUCUAUACAUCACCGACGAUCUUUAUCAUACUGGCCGUGUGUUAUCCAACCUCGACACUGGCGGAAUCAUCAAGCCCUGAUGGAGCCAUAAUACACAAAAAUUGA